GGCGGUGCGGGCGGAGCCCGUGUGUAAGGGGGCCGACGGGCCCUGCGGGGAUUGCUCGGCGCGGGUCUGCCCGCGGGAAGGCUGGAGCCUGCUGAGGGAUGCCCAAGAAGUUCCAGGGCGAGAACACCAAGUCGGCGGCGGCCCGGGCACGGAGGGCUGAGGCCAAAGCGGCAGCUGAUGCCAAGAAGCAGAAGGAGCUGGAGGAUGCGUACUGGAAGGACGAGGACAAACACGUCAUGAGGAAGGAGCAGCGCAAGGAGGAGAAGGAGAAGCGGCGCCUGGAGCAGCUGGAGCGCAAGAAGGAGACGCAGCGCCUGCUGGAGGAGGAGGACUCCAAGCUCAAGGGUGGCAAGGCGCCCCGCGCUGCCCCCAGUAAGGUCACCCGGGCCCAAAUUGAAGACACACUGCGUCGGGACCAUCAGCACAGGGAUACCGUCGACACAGCAGAGAAAACCAAGAGCCAUCUGGAGGUGCCGCUCGAAGAGAACGUGAACCGCCGCGUGCUGGAGGAGGGCAGCGUGGAGGCGCGCACCAUCGAGGACGCCAUCGCGGUGCUCAGCGUGGCGGAAGAGGCGGACCGGCACCCCGAGCGCCGCAUGCGGGCGGCCUUCACCGCCUUCGAGGAAGCACAGCUGCCCCGGCUCAAGCAGGAGAACCCCAACAUGCGGCUGUCGCAGCUGAAGCAGCUCCUGAAGAAGGAGUGGCUGCGCUCUCCGGACAACCCCAUGAACCAGCGGGCCUUGCCUUUCAACGCCCCCAAGUGAGACCAGAACUGGGGGGACCGCCCCAGAGGCGGUCCAGGCCACAACUCGACUGCGAAUGCCCUCUCACUGGGUCAGCUCUGAGGAUUUCAGAGAGUCCAGGGACCCUGGUACCUGUCCCUGGGGCUGUGUGCCAUCACCGCCAACCCUCUUUCGCCAGUGGGUCCCUGCUCUGAGUGACACCCUCAAUAUCCCGCGGCACCUGUGGAGCCCCGGGACUGAGCACCCAAUAAAGGCGGUGGGCAAGG